GAUGCGACUGGGACCUCCUGAAUCUUCGCUCCAGGAAGGUUUCAGUAACAUUUUUUUUUUUUUUCAAAUAAAAAAAAAAUCAUAUUUCCAAUGUUUGGAUCUAUUUAGCAGUCUGUGCAGCGUUUUAAACCUAGAGCGCACUUGUGUCUGCCUCAACGAUGUUCUCCUUUGGGAAAUACUGCGUGCUUUUCCUCUUGCUUAAAAGUAUCCUGUCGGACUCCGGAUCCUCAAAUCAAGUGGUUUUGUUGGAUACCACUACAGUGCUUGGAGAACUGGACUGGAAGACCUAUCCUGUCAAUGGGUGGGAUGCCAUCACAGAGAUGGAUGAGCAAAACAGACCUAUUCACACCUUUCAGGUUUGUCACGUAAUGGAGCCAAACCAGAACAACUGGCUGCGAUCUGGAUGGAUCCAACGGCAAUUUGCACAGCGGGUAUAUGUAGAGCUGCGGUUCACUCUGCGAGACUGCAACUCCAUCCCUUGGGUGUCUGGCACCUGUAAAGAAACCUUCAACCUCUUUUACCUACAGACAAACGAACCUCUUUCUGCAGGAACACGGUUUCGGCCCACAGACUACGCCAAGGUGGACACCAUAGCUGCAGAUGAAAGUUUCACACAGACAGAUCUGGGAGAUCGUGUUCUUCGCCUCAAUACUGAGGUUAGAGAGGUGGGGCCAGUGACGCAGAAGGGCUUCUACUUGGCCUUUCAAGAUGUGGGAGCUUGUAUUGCCCUUGUCUCUGUCAAGGUGUUUUACAAACGUUGCCCAUCGACUCUAAGGAACCUGGCUGCCUUUCCUGACACGGUGCCGCACAUGGACUCGUCCUCUCUGGUGGAAGUGAGGGGUUCAUGCGUGGAGAAUGCAGAGGAGAGGGACACACCCAAACUGUACUGUGGUGCUGAUGGAGACUGGCUGGUACCACUUGGGCACUGCGUCUGCAGCACCGGUCACGAAGAGAUGGAUGGCCACUGCCGAGCCUGUAAGCCUGGCUUCUUCAAGGCAUAUGCUGGGAACACAAAAUGCUCCAAGUGUCCUCUGCAGAGCUCCAGUCACGACCAGGCCGCCACCAUCUGUCACUGCGAUAAAGGCUUCUAUAGAGCCAUCAAAGACCCCUCCACGAUGGCUUGCACAAGGCCUCCUUCAGCUCCCAGGAACUUGGUUUCACUGAUCAAUGACACAGCUCUUUUCUUGCGAUGGAUGGCUCCUAGUGAUACAGGUGGCAGGAACGACAUCACUUACAACAUCCUUUGUCAGCGCUGUGAUGGAGGGGACGGCAGCGAGACUCAGUGUGAACCGUGUGAGCCGGACCUGCGGUUCAUCCCACGGCCACUUGGUAUAGCCGGUACCUCAGUGGCAAUAUUAGAUUUUGCAGUGCAGGCUAACUACACCUUCCACGUGGAGGCUGUGAAUGGCGUCUCCGAGCUGGGGGUGGCAGCUCGCUCGCUGGCAAAUGUCACCGUCAACACACGGCAAGCCGGUCCUGCCCUUGUGGGUGCAGUCAGGAAGGACUGGGCCUCUCACAACAGCAUCGCCCUCUCCUGGUCACAAGUGGAACAGCCGCCUUCGGACAUCGUGGACUAUGAAAUCAAAUAUUAUGAAAAGGAGCAAGAGCAGCUGAGGUACUCAUCAACACGGACCAAAGCCCCCAGCGUGGUGGUAACAGGCCUCCGACCCUCAACCGUUUACGUCUUUCAUGUACGCGCACGCAUGGCUACUGGCUUCACAGCUUACAGCCCCAAGUUUGAGUUUGCAACUGCAGCUGAAGAUCCUGAGAUCGCCGAUCAGGGUCAGGUCCUGGUGGUCGUCACGGCUUCUGUAGGCGGCUUCUCCCUGCUGGUCAUCCUCACCCUCUUCCUCCUCAUCACUGGCAGGUGUCAGGGGUACAUAAAAGCCAGGAUGAAGUCAGACGACAAUAGGACUCGUUUUCACAGUGGACACGUCCCGUUCUCUGGGAUAAAGACUUAUGUGGAUCCAGACACAUAUGAAGACCCCACUCAGGCUGUGGAGGAAUUUGCCAAAGAGAUAGACCCUUCAUAUAUAUGCAUAGAUCGGGUCAUUGGCACUGGUGAGUUUGGAGAAGUCUGUAGUGGUCGUUUACGCAUACCUGGAAGGAAAGAUGUUGCAGUGGCAAUAAAGACACUUAAAGGUGGCUAUAUGGAGCCACAAAGACGCGAGUUUUUACGUGAGGCCUCGAUCAUCGGGCAGUUCCACAACUCAAACAUCAUCAGGCUGGAGGGAGUGGUAACCAGGAGCAGACCAGUGAUGAUUGUGGUGGAGUACAUGGAAAACGGAGCACUUGACACUUUCCUCCGGACACGGGAUGGUCAGUUCACAGUGCUCCAGCUGGUUGGCAUGCUGCGCGGCAUUGCAGUCGGAAUGAACUACCUUUCCGAUAUGGGUUAUGUUCACAGAGACCUGGCUGCUCGCAACAUCUUGGUGGAUGAAAACCUUGUGUGUAAAGUGUCUGAUUUCAGCAUGUCCAGAGUACUUGAGGAUGACUCUGACGCGGCAUAUACGUCUACAGGAGGAAAGAUACCAAUACGCUGGACAGCACCAGAGGCUAUUGCUUAUGGAAAGUUUUCCUCAGCUAGUGAUGUAUGGAGCUAUGGCAUUGUCAUGUGGGAAGUGAUGUCUUAUGGUGAGAGGCCCUACUGGGAAAUGUCCAAUCAAGAUGUCAUUUUAUCAAUAGAAGAAGGCUACCGUCUUCCAGCACCAAUCGGCUGUCCUGUAACUCUGCACCAGUUGAUGUUGCACUGCUGGCAAAAGGAAUCCAGCCAGCGUCCAUGCUUCAGUGACAUACUCACUUUCCUUGAUAAACUCAUAAUCAAUCCCAGCAGUCUGCUGACGCUGGUCAAUGAUUCUCUGAGUUUUCCUGACUCUCCAGAGGACAUGCCAGACUAUCCUCUUUUCAUCUCUAUCGGAGACUGGCUUGACUCCAUCAAGAUGAGCCAGUACAAAAACAACUUCCUCGCUGCAGGAUACACAACACUGGACUCUAUUUCAACCAUGAGUAUAGAGGAUGUCAAACGCAUUGGGGUCUGCUUGAUCGGCCACCAGAGGAGAAUCAUAAGCAGCAUUCAGUCUCUUCGCCUGCAGCUUCAUCACAUCCAGCAAAGCGGUUUUCAAGUGUGACACCACUGAACAAAUUCAGACUGUGUUUCCACACUGAGCCGGAGCUCCUUGGCAUCGUCAUCCAACUAAUUGCACAGACAGCAGACUGUUAGGUGUAUCUGGUAGCAACGGCUGCUCACGUGAAAGAGGUCCGCUACUUGAACCCAUGCUGUCUCGUUAACUCACGCUCAUCAUCUUGAGGAUCAUCUUAUGGACAGCUUCCACAACAACCAACCUCUGUCAGCAUUGGCCAAAAGUGGCCUCUUUAUUAUAUCAGCAAGUACUAGCAUUGACUUGAAUUUAGGAUUUCUUCUCUCUCGUGUCAAUUCAAGUGUUCACCAAUACCUCUUCUCUUUCCAAGUGACAAUCCAACGGUUUCUGUAGACUUUGAAUGGUCUCAAGUCUGUUACCUCAUGAACAGGGAAGACAAAGAGAGGAUAUAUCAUGUGGUGAUACAUGACAGAGUAUGUGGCUUUAAGAUUUCCAGCUGGUUAGUUUGUGGAAUAAUUCCAGAAAGAUUAAUGACAGAAUGGUAAAUAGAAUUGUGUUUUUUUGAACUGAAGACCGCUGAAUGUCAAAAGAUUUUAGAGAAAUGUAUGUUGUCUCCUCAUAAUAAUGCAGUAUGUCUUGUUCAAAAAAGUCUUGUGAAGGUUGUAUGUUUGAUUCA